GCUGCACUGCGCGAAUGUCAAAACACAGUAGACAAACCGCGUGCACGUUCGUGUUUGGUGUGAUCAACGAUGGAAAACGUAAUAAUUAAAUCAACUGCAGAAAAGGGACGCGGUUUAUACGCCACCGAGCUUAUUCCAGCGGGAACCACAAUAUUCGAAGAGCAACCGCUCGUGUCCUGCCAAUAUUCAUGGAAUGCAGCAUAUGGAUAUUUAGCGUGCGAGUACUGUCUCCGCCCGUUGGAAACAGCCGAACGCAACGCACAGCGUUUGGCGAAUGAUCCGAACAUAAUGCUACCGAGGGCAGAAUGUUGCCCUGUGGAGGCCAAUAUUGGCAAUCACACAAAGUGUGAAAGAUGUGGCGUUUUGUACUGCAGCAGUGAAUGUUUGAGCCUGGCACAAAAUCGCUACCAUGCGGCUAUUUGCUUGGGCGCAGAGAUGCACAGCGAAAACCAUCCGGUUAACAUUUUGGUAGAGUUUUGGAAAAAGAUGCAUUAUCCACCGGAAACUUGUGGUAUUAUGUUGUUCGUGAAGAUUGUUGGUAUGUUUCGUCAGGCGGAAAAUCUGCAAGCACUUCAAACACAAUUGCAAGAUUUCGUGCACAAAUCCGUGAACGAAGAUCUUCUCAUAUUCCACAAAAUGCUCGGUGAAAAGUUUAUAUCGCAGAUCGAAGAGUUGUAUAGGCUAUUCUGUAGCGCAUUCGAUCUGCAAUCGGACGAACGGCUCCAAUGGCUAACACCCGAUGGGUUUAAAAGCCUUAUUGCGCUGGUGGGCACAAAUGGACAAGGCAUAGGCACGAGCUCGUUCGGUGAUUGGGUUAAGAAUGUUGCCGCUUGCAACAUGGACGAUAAGGAACGGCAGCCGGUGGACGAGCUAAUCGAUGAGUUGUACAGCAAAAUGGAUGAUGUCGUCGGUUCGUUCCUUAAUAAUGAAGGUUCAGCAUUGUACGCUACGCAAAGUAAAAUCAACCACAGUUGCGCACCUAAUGCUGAAACUGUGUUUCCCAACUCGAAUCACGUACUAGCACUGCGGGCCACGAGUGACAUACAGCCCGGGGAAGAAAUUUGCAUUUCCUACCUUGACGAGUGCAAUGCACAAAGGUCGCGCCAUACGCGGCAGAAAAUAUUAAAAGAAUAUUAUCUGUUCGUCUGCCAGUGCGAGAAAUGUGAGAACCAAAUCAACGAUCCGGACGAAACAUCUGAGGAGGAGGACAACGAUGAUGAUAUGGAAGAAUCCGACUAAUGUUUACUCUACCACCCAAGGAUACAUGGUAGUGAGCUAAUAUAUUUGCGACUUGCAAGAAAACAAA